UCACAGAGAUUCACCUGCCUCUGCCUCUCGAAUGUUGGGAUUAAAGUCAAGUCCGUCAUCUCCCGAACCAGCCAGUCUUCCUGCAGAAGAUAUUAGCACAAACUCCAAUGGCUCCAAACCUGUAGAAGUCAUGCUAGACGAUGACAGAGAAGAUCUUUUCGCAGAAGCCACAGAAGAAGUUUCUUUGGACAGUCCAGAAAGAGAGCCCAUCCUCUCCUCCGAGCCUUCUCCUGCAGUCACUCCUGUCACGCCUACUGCACUCAUUGCUCCUAGAAUCGAAUCCAAGAGCAUUUCUGCUCCAGUGAUCUUUGAUAGAUCCAGGGAAGAGAUUGAAGAAGAAGCAAAUGGAGAUAUUUUUGAUAUAGAAAUUGGUGUGUCAGAUCCAGAAAAAGUUGGUGAUGGCAUGAAUGCUUACAUGGCAUAUAGAGUAACAACAAAGACUUCCCUUUCCAUGUUCAGUAAGAGUGAAUUUUCAGUCAAAAGAAGAUUCAGUGACUUUCUUGGUUUGCAUAGCAAAUUAGCAAGCAAAUAUUUACAUGUUGGUUACAUUGUGCCACCAGCUCCAGAAAAGAGUAUAGUAGGUAUGACCAAGGUCAAAGUAGGUAAAGAAGACUCAUCAUCCACUGAGUUUGUAGAGAAACGACGAGCGGCACUGGAGAGGUAUCUUCAGAGAACAGUGAAGCAUCCAACCUUGCUUCAGGAUCCUGACUUAAGGCAGUUCUUGGAAAGCUCAGAGCUGCCGAGAGCAGUUAAUACACAGGCUCUGAGUGGAGCAGGAAUAUUGAGGAUGGUGAACAAGGCUGCCGACGCUGUCAACAAAAUGACAAUCAAGAUGAAUGAAUCGGAUGCAUGGUUUGAGGAAAAGCAACAACAAUUUGAGAAUCUUGACCAGCAACUUCGGAAACUUCAUGCCAGUGUUGAAGCCUUGGUUUGUCAUAGAAAAGAACUUUCAGCCAACACAGCUGCCUUUGCUAAGAGUGCUGCCAUGCUAGGUAAUUCUGAGGAUCACACUGCCCUGUCUAGAGCCUUGUCUCAGCUUGCAGAGGUCGAGGAAAAGAUAGACCAGUUGCAUCAAGAACAAGCUUUUGCCGACUUUUACAUGUUCUCAGAACUUCUUAGUGACUACAUUCGGCUCAUUGCUGCAGUGAAAGGUGUGUUUGACCAUCGGAUGAAAUGCUGGCAGAAAUGGGAAGAUGCUCAGAUUACUUUGCUCAAAAAACGUGAAACUGAGGCAAAAAUGAUGGUUGCUAACAAACCAGAUAAAAUUCAACAAGCUAAAAAUGAAAUAAGAGAGGAAAUUGAAGAGGUAGGACAACCUUUAUAUUACUACAAAUAAGUACAUCUGCUCUUUGCAGAGUAUGGACCAGUGUUUUGGUUACAUAGUGGGAAAAUACCAUUUCAUUGCUUAAACCUUUUAUUUAGCUGUUUCAUUGGUCACUAGUCAUAUUUUGUUGUGUCCAUACUGAAUUUAAUGGUUAUUGAUGAGUCUACAGUAGACAAUAAAUAGUUCCACUCUUAAAAAAGUAGUCAUUUUACCAUUACAAAUUUUUUAAAAGUGUUUGCCACAUGUUGAAGUAUUUCAUGACCAUAUGAAUUGUGAUAAACAUGUAUUAUUGGAAUUAAUAUUGUUGGUAUAUUUUGAAAUGUGUAAAAAUCGAACUGCAGGUCUUUUAAUUUAUUUGAUAGUGAAGUCUAUACUCAAAAUCCCUCCAGGUGUAUCUAAUGGGCAUUGGUAAGGUGGUUCUUUUAUUUGUUGGUUUUGAGAUGGGAUCUAACCAUGUUAGGUGGAAUCUAACCUUAGGCCAGUUUGGAAUUCACAGUUCUUUUUCUCAAUGUUAGAAUUAGAGGCAGGAGCUACCAUACCUGGCUGGAUAUUAUAUUUCAUUAACUGUCUAAGUAUUCUAAUCUUAAAUAAAUGUAGCAAUGAGCUAUUAAUGGAAUUUAAUCUUAUAUGUAUUUCUAUCACUAGGAGGUGAAAUGCACCCUUUUGUGUGUGUGUAUGGAGUGUGCACGUAUGCAUAUGUAAUGUGUGUGGGCAUAUGUGUAUGUGCAUGGAUAUACAUGUGUGUGCAUGCAUGUGGAGGCUAGAGUAUCAUGUUUGGGUGUUUUAUUCCAUCACUAUCCACCUUAUGUUUUGAGACACACUGUUUCACUUGAAUCCAGAACUUGCUGAUUUGCCUUGCUUAGCUUGUCAGCUUUCCUCAGGGAUCUUUCUGUCUCUGCCUGCAGGGUGCGGGGGUUACAGGCAAACUGCCAUGCCCAUCCAGCGUCUACAGGGUACUAGAGAUCUGAUUCUGAUGAUCACGCUUGCACAGCAAGUGCCUCACCCACUGAGUGUCCUCAACUUCUACAUCACUGAUUGUGUUAGACUGGAUUUUCCAAUAUUGAGAUUUCUUGGGUCUUUUAGGCAUUUUGGUUAAAUUAAAUGAGUAAUCAUGACAGUACAAUAUUUUUUCCAGGCAAAAAUAAGCAUUUUUUCCUCUUGCUUGUUUUCAUUAGUGGGAAGCGAAAGUACAACAAGGAGAGAGAGAUUUUGAGCAGAUCUCUAAAACAAUUCGAAAAGAAGUGGGAAGAUUUGAG